AUGGAGAAACAUCCGUCUCCGCCGUCUAGUGUAUGGCUACUCCGGAAGAAGAGACGGGCUUUAAGAGGCUCUGUCCUUGUACCUGCGAUAAACAUUUCUGCUGUAUCUCUAUCCCUAGCUCUCAUUGCUCUUGCCCAGCAAGUAAUGUCUUGCGAGAAGCCUCGAAGAUGUCAGAGGAGAAAUGCAGUCUGCAUCAUGCGAAAAGUUAUGAUUUUGUCUGUACUUUUCGAAGAAGUCAGAGAUUUGGGCAUUUUCCUUACACCUUCUGCAUUGAAAUGUUUUAGAGAACUGUAUGUUAUCUUGCAGAGAACUAAAUAUUUGCUGGAGGACUGUGAUAGUGAUGUGAGUUGUGUUUGGUUGUCUGUGCAAACGCAAGAAAUUUCAAACCAAUUUUAUGGUUUGAUACAAGAUAUGUCCUCUGCUCUGGAUAUGCUUCCCUUGAGAUUGUUGGAUAUCUCAAAUGAGGUCAAGGAGCAAGUUGAGUUGCUUCGCAAUCAGGCCAAGAGAGCCAAAUUGUUCGUUGAUCAGGCCGAGGAACAACUUUGUACAGAUGUUUUUGCUGUGCUGAAUGAGUUUGAAAGGGAGGUGGCUCCAGAUGAGUUUCAAAUUAGGAGGAUUUUGGAGGGCCUAAACCUCGAAAAUGCAAUGGAUUGUCAAAGAGAAACGGAGUUAUUAGAGGAGGAGAUGAAAAUCCAGAAAGAAUUAGGAUCAGAGAAAAAUGUGUCUCUCAUUAAUAGCUUGAUUGGCUUCAUGCGCUACUGCAAGUGUGUGCUGUUUGGGAUGGAUUUUGAUUCACAGUUUCAAUCAUCAAACAAAACACAACUCUGUAGAAUCGAUUCUCAGGAUGCUUCUUUUAUACCAGAUGAAUUCAGAUGUCCAAUCUCACUUGAUUUAAUGCGAGAGCCGGUUAUUGUAUCCACGGGGCAAACUUAUGAUCUGGCAUCCAUUACCAGAUGGAUCAAGGAAGGACAUUCUACAUGUCCAAAGAGUGGGCAGAACCUUGUGCACACAAAUCUUACUCCAAAUUAUGCUCUUCGAAGCCUAAUUGUUCAGUAUUGUACCGAGCAUAAAAUCCCCUUCGAAAAUUCGGAAAGAUGCAAGAAAAGUUCUUUUCUGGAGAACAUCCCAAGUACGAAGGCAUCGUUAGAAGCUGCAAAAAGGACGGCAGAAUUUCUUGUGGAAAAGCUUUGUACAGGAUCAUUUGAAGUGAAAAAGCAGGUUGUUUAUGAACUCAGACUGCUUGCUAAAUGUGGCAUGGACAAUAGGGCUUGCAUUGCAGAAGCAGGAGCUAUACCAUUACUUGUGCCCCUGGUUUCUUCAAAGGAUCCCAAAGCUCAAGAACAUGCUGUAACUGCAUUUCUAAAUUUAUCAUUGUAUGAGAGCAACAAAACUAGAAUAAUGGAGGCUGGUGCAUUGCAGCCAAUCAUCCGUGUUAUAACAAGUGGAUGUAGCAUGGAAGCUCGGGAAAAUGCAGCUGCAACACUCUUUAGUAUUUCCUCUGUAGAUGAAUAUAAGAAAUUAAUAGGAGAGACUUCAGAAGCCAUUCCAGCCUUGAUUGACCUUCUUCGAGACGGCACUGCAAGAGGUAAAAGCGAUGCAGCGAAUGCUCUGUUUCGUCUAUCAGCUUUUCAUGGAAACGAUUUACAGGUAGUAGCAGCUGGCGCAGUUCCUUUGCUGGUCAAUCUUCUAACAGAUGAAAGACCAGGGCUUGUAGAUGAGGCUAUCUCUGUUCUUGCUCUUCUUUCCAGACAAUUUGAGGGUUUAAUUGCAAUUAGUGAGACCUCUGCAAUUCCUCUACUUAUCAGUCUUCUUAAAUCAGGUACUUCCUCACCCAAAACCAAGGAGAAUUCAGUUGCUAUUUUACUGGCACUGUGUUGCCAUGCAGGAGCUGAAAUUGUAAAUAUGUUGUUGAGAAUGCCAUCACUAAUACCUGCUCUGUACAGUCUUCUCACCUCUGGCACACCUCGAGCCAGAAAGAAAGCCAACUCUCUGCUUAGAAUCCUUCACAAUUGGGAACCUUCCCAAACUCCGCAAAACAUUCUUACCUCUCAGAAUCAGAAUCCAGUUACUUCAGUGAUGUAG